CUUAACGGUAGCUCAACGCUGAUGCCCUAAGAGGUGGCUUAACGGUGGCUUUAUGGUGGCUUAACCGUGGCAUAGCGGUGGCUUAGCGGUGGCUUAACGUUGGCUCAACGGUGGCUAACGGUGGCUUGGCCAUGAAGUUUACCUCCGAUGAUUUCUGAUUGGGGAGGGAAGAGCAUCUGAAUGGCCCGCGGGUCCUUCCACGAUAGUCUGUCACCGACUCGUUCCUCAUCUUCGCUGGGCGGGUCGGCUAACGUUGGCGCAACGGCGCCUUAGCACUGGCUUAACGGUGGCUCAACGUUGGCUCAACGGCGCCUUAACGGUGGCUUAACGGUGCCUCAGCGCUGGCCUUACGGUGUGUUGACGGUCGCCUUAACGGUGUCAAACUCCGUUCGAUCACAUAGAUCUAGACAAGGAAUUAGUGUUGGACAUGGAAGAAAGAUGAUGUCUUUUUUUGGGUGGUUAGUACUGAAUCGUCGAAUGUCGUUGGAUCUCGCUCCAUCAAAUUAGGCACCCAUCUGUAGAUCAAAGCUGACUGAUAGAUGAAGUGAUUUGUGUGUGUGUGUGUGUGUGUGUGUGUGUGUGUGUGAGAGAGAGAGAGAGAGAGAGAGAGAGAGAGAGAGAGAGAGAGAGAGAGAGAGAGAGAGAGAGAGAGAAGAUGUGGGAGAGUAUCCGACCAUUUGCAGAGCAGUUGCAGUUGCGCAAGAGAACGCCGGGGGAGGAAAAUGAAUUAGCUAAGAAGAAGGCGAUGUCGGAGAGGAGAGGAGGGGGAGGUGGAGGUGGUUCUGUUUCUCCCACCAGCAUGGGUGAAGUUUGGAGUCCGGGCAGCAGCAGCGGGGGGCGCGCCGGCUCGCCUGCCUCUCGAUGUGGGGAAAGGGGAGGAGGGGGAGGCGCAGGGGGAGGUGCUUCCGCCUGUCCCUCUCCUUCCUCCCCUCGCUCUCUUCCUCCUUUUAUACCCAUAGUUCCUCUACCUACGGUCCCGACCACGAAACCGUCAUCAUCAUCAGGAUUAAGUCGGAAAUGCUGGCGAAUGUUCGGGAAAGUUCGGAGAAAGUUCAUGGAGAAUCAGACGGAUGGCGGGAAGAGUUUCGCGUUUAAUCCGGAAUUACUCACGACGCAAAAGCGGCAAUGGCACCAGUUGCACCGGCAACUCAUGAUGGAGGAGGAGAUGGAAAGAUCGAAGAAGGAGCAGGAGGAGAUGGAAAGACGGAAGAAGGAGCAGGAGGAGAAGAUGGCAGCUAUUCAGGCGGAAGAAGAAGAAGAGAAAGAAGAAGUGGAAGAAGAAGAAGAAGAAAGACUGCUAGAGAGGAGAAGAGGAGGAAGCACAAGUAAAGAAGCGGAGAUUGCGGAAAGGGCGCAGGAGUGGGCCGCACAUUUGAAGUUAGGGGAAGACCAGGAGGCUGAGAUGGCUGUACCCGAGGAAGAAAGAGAAGCAGCAAGGAGGCAAAUUGAAGCAGAGAGGGAUCCAGUAAAGAGAGGGGCAAAGGAGGAACAGCGGAUGGCGUGGAGACACCGAUUAUCCCAAGAAAGGAUCAGGAGAUUGGAAGCGGCAGAGAGGGCGGACAAGGACCUAAGAGCGGCGAAAGUUAGGAUGGGGAAGAUCCGAGUGGAGAUUGAGCUAGCAACCAAGCUAGAUACGCUGAUCCAAAGUGUAGAGGCUUUACUAGUCGCACAGCGGGAACAAAUGCAGUACGAACGCAGUCAAGACAUCAAGAUAGACGCGAUACGCGCGGGGUUCAAGGACUUCGCGUGCGACAUGAUGAAACACGUGCUGACCGAAGUGCACAUUGCGAUUAAUAGGACCCGAGAGUUUUGUACUGGCGCCAUUGAAGACGCCAAGCUAGCGGCCCCUAAGGAAGAGGAGCUGGCCCCACCACGUCGCGAGAAAGUCAAGGUCCGAUUUCCCGAACCCUUCAGUGGGAAGAAGGGUGAAGAUUUUGAUAACUGGGAGGCCAUUGUGCACUCCUAUCUCGAAGUAGAGUCUCCCACUCCACAUAUUUCCAUGGCAGAGGUUGCAGGCCAGCGACUAGUAAGCUGUCCAGAGAUCGCUUGUGUUAGGGUCUCUUUAGGCGCUUCCCUCACAGGCUUAGUCGAUGAACAGAGAGAGAGGAGGCAAGCCUGGGCCAAGAUGAAGAAGGAUAGUAAAGGACAACUAAUCCUCUCAGAUGUAGAGAUAUUUAGAGCUAGAGUAGGAGCCCUCAUAGACAGCGGGGCAACUAGGAGCUAUAUUAGUCGUAAAGCGCUGAGGAAGUUGAAGUUGAACCGACAGGUCCAACGACUAGAAGAGCCUGUGGUCAGCAUCCUCGCAGACAAUAGUAGGAUGCGCGUCGAAGAGUAUGUUGAGGGGGUUCACGCCUACUUUCGCUUGGAGAAAGAUGGCAAGGUAGAGAAGGUACUGCACUCCCUGACCCUCCUUGUAGAAGUGAGUCUCCCGUUUGACGUAGUCUUAGGCACAGAUUGGGGAGAGGCAGCAGGAGCCACACUUCACCUUAGAGAGCAUGAGUGUACGCUCCCUAGUGCGUCAGGCGAAGUCAAGAAAGUCCACAUGUUGCAUGAGUCCGGGGUAGAUAAUCCCCUUGCCCAUUGCUGCCUCAGCGCUCCUGCAUUCGCCUGGCUUGUGCGAAAGGAGCAGCUUGAAGAGCAGGUGUUCGUGGCCUAUGUUAGGCCAGUGUUCGAUCAGCCUAAGGAGGAAGAAAAGAUCCAUCCUGCUAUUGCCAGUCUGCUGGAAGAAUAUAAGGAUCUAUCUGAACCACCUUCAGGGGUAGUGCCCAGACCGAUCCAACACCGAAUAGAAAUAGAACCUGGCAGUAGAACGCCAAAGGGGGCAGUCUACAGGAUGUCUCCCAAAGAGUUAGAGGAGCUACGCAGACAGUUAGAUGAGCUCCUAGAAAAAGGAUGGAUCCGGCCUAGUUCAUCGCCGUUCGGUGCACCUGUUCUGUUUGUCCCAAAGAAGGAGGGAGAGUUGCGCAUGUGUAUUGACUACAGGGGACUGAACGCCAUCACGAUUAAGAAUGCACAACCAUUACCGCGUAUAGAUGAUUUGCUAGAUCGAGUUCAGGGGUGCAGAUAUUUCUCGAAGAUAGAUCUAAAAUCAGGGUACCAUCAGAUAGAGGUCCACCCUGACGAUCAGUAUAAGACGGCGUUCAGGACAAGGUAUGGGCAUUACGAGUUCAUAGUGAUGCCAUUUGGACUUACUAAUGCACCCGCAACAUUUCAACGCUGUAUGAACGACUUGUUUAGACCUUGGCUAGAUAGGUUCGUCGUAGUUUACCUAGACGAUAUCCUAGUGUUCAGCAAGACCCUCGAGGAACAUGAGGGCCAUCUACGGCAGAUUCUAAUUGAUCUCCGCAAUCCGGGGUUAGAAAUGAAGGAUACAGCUUACACGAAGGAGGAUGAGGAGAAGAUGGCCGCCAUUCUGCAGGAGAGGAAGGAGAAGGAGGCCAAGAAGAAGGCCUUGAAGGAGGAGCAGGCGGCCAAAUUGAAGAAGAUAGAAGAAGAGAUGGCCAGAGAGAAGGAGAGGAUACAGAAAGAAGAAGAAGAGAAGUUGAAAGAGGUGGAAGAGGAGGAAGAAGAUGAAACGCCACUGCAGAGGAAGAAGGGGCAGUACAGUGGCAGUAGGGAUGAGGAGAUGGAGAAGCGGAUCUCAGAGUGGACGAUGGAAGAUGAGAAGAGGAUGGAAUGGAGAUUGGCAGUGAUGAGGGAGAAGAAGAGGAGAGUGGACGCGGCAGCGGAGGCGGCAGAAGAAUUAGAGGGGGUAAAAAAGAUAGAAGAGCAAUUAGCCGUCCAGACCGAACUCCCAGCCCAAAUGCGAGUCGUAGCCCGAAACGUUGCACGCCAGACACGAAUUCAGGCAGAGCAAUACGACUUUAGUAGGAGCCAGCACAUAGCUGUGCGUUCGAUACGGUUGGGAUUCCGGGACUUUGCUUGCGAGCUGGUAGGCGCUGUAGGAACCGAGGUGGGCCACCGCCUCGACAAGACUGAGCGGUUUUGUGCCGGCGCCAUUGAAGGCGUUAAAGCGGCAGCUCCCAAGGAGGAGGAAGCAUGUCCUCCUUGUCGGGAGCCGGUCAAAGUCAAAUUCCCUGAUUCCUACAGUGGAAAACGGAAAGAGAACUUUGACAAUUGGGAGGCUAAUGUCAAGACCUAUGUGCAUUUGCAACAGGUCUCCCCAGAUCAGCAGGUUCUAAUUGUGAUUCACGCGCUUAGAGAUGAAGCCGCCAGCUUUGCAAGGUCCCUAGUCCGCGCUGCCAACUGUAGUGACGAUCCAGUUGCGUACUCCUCGUUCACUUCCCUCACUGAAUUCUUGAAGCUGCUGCGCGAGCGAUUUGCUGAUGUCGCUCGAAGUGUCAAGGCCUCAGACAAGCUCCAGAUGAUCCAUGCUCGUAAGUGGAAGAGUGCCAGAGCGCUCAAGAGCACAAUGGACGAACUAAUAGCUGUCCCUGACCACGGGGUUACCGACACCCAGUUGGUUGCCCUCUUUUACAGAGCUAUGCCCGAAGCUUUUCGCGGGAACUUCUUCGCGAAGAGCGAAGACCCUGCCACCACUUACGAUUCCCUUAGCCGUGAGGUGGUGGCCUUUGAGGCCAAGUCUAUGUCAGUCUCGACCUUCUGGCUCAAAGAUUUGGAUAAGGGAAAGCAAUGGAAGGGCCGCACUAUUUCUAGGCAAGUGAAGACUAAGGAUAGUCUUGUCCUAACCUUAGAUGAGGGUAGUGUGGACGAGAUUCCCCAUGAUCUGAUAGAGUGGGGAUUAGAGGAGGAUGACAGCGGUGCGUAUUUUCGCCUAGAGAAGGAUGGGAGAGUGGAGAAGGUCCUCCACUCCCUGACUCUCCUCGUAGAAGACAGCCUCCCAUUUGAUAUUGUCCUGGGAAUGGAUUGGGGAGAGGCAGCCGGGGCCACGCUCCAUUUGAAGAAGCACGAGUGUAGGCUCCCUAGUUCUUCAGGCGAGGCCAAGACUGCCCGCCUGUUCCAUGUGUCAGGAGUAGAGAAUCCCUUGGCACAUUGCUGUCUUAGUGCUCCUGCGUUCGCCAGGUUGGUGAAAAGGGAGAAAUUGGAGGAACAUGUUUUUGUUGCCUAUGUUAGGCCAGUGACUGAGCCUACGGAAGAAAGGCCGAUGGACCCUGCGAUUGCCAAGCUGCUGGAAGAGUUUAAGGAUUUGAUUGAGCCGCCGACAGGCACGGUGCCACGGCCCAUCCAGCACCGUAUCAAGAUAGAGCCUGGCAGUAGAACUCUUAAGGGUGCUGUGUAUAGGAUGUCCCCACGGGAGUUAGAGGAGCUUCGCAAGCAAUUAGACGAGCUCCUCGAGAAAGGUUGGAUUUGGCCCAGUUCGUCUCUUUUUGGAGCGCCUGUUCUCUUUGUUCCUAAGAAAGAGGGAGAGCUAAGAAUGUGUAUAGACUAUAGGGGUCUGAAUGCGAUUACAGUGAAAAAUGCUGAGCCACUGCCUAGGAUAGACGACCUUUUAGAUCAAGUGCAGGGGGCUAAGUAUUUCUCCAAGAUAGACUUAAAGUUCAGAUAUCAUCAGAUAGAGGUACAUCCUGAUGAUCAGUAUAAGACAGCCUUCCGGACUAGGUACGGGCAUUAUGAGUUUAUAGUGAUGCCCUUUGGACUUACCAAUGCGACAACAACUUUUCAGCGGUGUAUGAAUGAUUUGUUUAGGCCAUGGUUAGACAAAUUCGUCGUAGUUUACUUAGACGACAUCCUAGUCUUUAGCAAGACCCUCGACGAGCAUCAGGGUCAUCUCAGGCAGGUCUUGGAGAAGCUGAGGGAAGCUAAUUUCAAGAUCAAUGCGAAGAAGUGCGAUUGGGCAAAGACCCAAGUUUUGUAUUUAGGCCACGUCUUAGACGGAGACGACGUUAAGCCAGAAGAUAGUAAGAUUGUAGCGAUUAGGGAUUGGCCUACGCCGCGUACGGUAACAGAGUUGCGGUCAUUUCUAGGCCUAGCCAACUACUAUAGGAAGUUCGUGAGGAACUUCUCCACCAUCACUGCGCCCCUUUGCAGAUUGCUCAGGAAGGAGACCAUCUGGAAGUGGGAUAAGGACUGCACGUCUGCCAUGAAGAAAUUGAAACCCGUAGAGUUCAUGUCUGCCAGGAUGCCUUCAAAGAAGGUUGCGACAUCUACCUAUGAGAGGGAACUCUACGCUCACAGGCAAGCCUUAGAACACUGGAAGCACUACUUGCUUGGGAGGCACUUCAAAGUCAACUCUGAUCAUGAAACAUUGAGAUGGUUAAAGACGCAGGCCAAGAUGACACCUAAGCUUACUAGGUGGGCCGCAGAGAUAGAUCAGUAUGACUUUGAACUCAAACCAGUCAAGGGAAAGUAUAAUGUAGUUGCGGAUGCUCUGAGUAGGAGAGCUGAUUACUUUGGGGCAAUAGUGCAUUACCUAGACAUAGGGAGGGACCUGCAGCAGAAGAUUAGAGAAGCCUAUGCGCAGGAUCCUAUCUAUAGUGACCUCCUCAAGAGGGUCAAGGAGGCCCUAGAGACUGAGCCGAACUACCACACUACUGAAGGGUUGCUCUUUGAGAAGACUAAUCUAUUUGACCGCCUGUGCAUCCCCAAUAGUGAAGAGAUCCGUAGUCUGAUCUUGGGAGAAUGCCAUGACACAGAGGGUCAUUUUGGUUGGCAAAAGACUUUAGCCAAUCUGAUGCGCGCAUAUACCUGGCCAGGAAUGAAGAAUGACUGCGUAGAGUAUGUUCGCAGUUGCAAAGUCUGCCAGCGUAACAAGAGUUCUACGCGCGCCUCGCUAGGUCUUCUUAGACCCUUGCCCAUUACGGAUCAGCCGGGAGACUCAGUGUCCAUCGACUUCAUGGACACCCAAGUCAAGAGUAGGCAUGGUUGCCAAGACCCAGUGGCUGAACGUGCAAAGGGAAGCAAUCACGGGGUAGGGGAGAUAGUCUCCAAGUCAUCAAUGUGGUCACCACUCAUCAGUGCCACCUCUGCAGGUCACAUCCAACUCAGCAGUAGAAACUGCAGCAGCGAAAACUGGAGCAGUGGAAACUGGAGCAGUGGAAACUGGAGUAAUGGAAACUGCAGCAGUGAACACUGCAGCAGUGGAGCAACAGUGGACUCUGCAGCAGUGGAAACUGCAGCAGUGGACACUGCAGCAGUGGAAACCGCAACAGUGGACACUGCAGGAGUGGAGACUGCAACAGUGGACGCUGCAGGAGUGGAGACCGCAGCAGUGAAAACUGCGGUAGCAGCAGAUGAGCAAGCAGGGGCAGGACGGGAGAAUCGUGGGGGAAGAAGCCGCCCGCCAGCAGGCGAUCCAACGACAGUUGGCAGAGUCCGAGGGAGCGUGUCAGCAGGCGCGUGGUUACAACAGCAGCAGACGGAGGCAAGUCAGAAUCAAGUUCGUUACCAAGCCACAAUGGAGCUCGCCAACGAAGAAGCCACGUACCGGAGGGUACUUCGACAACAACACUUUCAAGCAAACGAAGAACAAGAGGAGCCGACCGAGGAAGAGAGAAGCAAGGAGGCAAUAGCAGUACUAAUGGAAAACGUGCUGUACACGUGCAAUUGGCAGCAACGCGAACUGCUGGCCGUGCAACAAAUCUUCAUCCACUACGAAACAACUUUUAGGGCGCUGGAACAGAAGAUCACCGCCUUGCAAACCGUGAACAGCGAUCAGCAGGCCAUCAACGACCAGCUGCAAACCACUGUCAACACAGGGUUGGCACGCCUGUUUGCAGUUGAGUCGACGGGCAAUGCAGCGGCGGAUUGCAGCCCAACUUUGGCCGCCCAAGCCAAACAACUCGAGGAGCGGAUCAACCACGUAGUCGCAUCCCUUGGCGCCAUCAGCAAGUUCGCCAGGACGUCUCCGGUCAGCAACCAGCUGCACACGCUCAGCGACCACGUUCAACAACGAACGACCACCGUCGUCAAGGAAUGGAAGAUGCCGAACUUCAAGAUUGAGAAGUUCGACGACUACCACAUGACUGGUCCGCUGCAAUGGUGGAUGGCAUUCAACGCAGAGGCGGACGUACACCACGUCCCACCACUGCGGCGGCUUGACUCACUCUACCUCCAGCUCAUCGGAGGGGCGCAAGCAUUCAUGACGCACAUGGCCGUCACGUUGGAUUGCACCAUCGCCACCCUCCAUACCAAGAUCUCUUGGGAGGAGUUUGAGAAGAAGUGGAAGACCUGGUUCAUGGUCAACAACGACAAGCGUCACGCACCGAACACGAUCUUUCGCAUCUUCCAAGGCCAACAAACAUCACGGGAAUGGUUGACGGAGUGGCAAAGACUCGCCACCCCGGAGUGAAACCUGCCGUUCGACGCAAUCCGGGCUGAGUUCUCGCCCGAUCUUGCGACGGCUUGACAGCUGCCCUUGGCAGCGAAUCCCAGUAUGAGACCUU